AUGCUGAAGAAGUCUCCAAGUAUCGCCUUUUUGUGCGCCCUCUCGAUUUUGCUUUUUCUGCUUUCGCUGUGCUGGUGCAUCUUUCUUGGCUCGCUCUCACUCAAUUUCUCUACCCCGCUGUCCUGGAAAGCUUUAAUUCCAGGGCGUAUCAGAGUCAUAUCAUCUAAAACCAACAUCGUAGACGGACAUGAGAGCACGCUUAGGAUUGCUGCCCAGCUCUUUGUGAUAUCUCUACUUCGACGGACGGAUCGUCGGGAACAAAUGGACUUCCUUCGAGGUUCGCUGGGGCUCCACUGGACAUAUAUCGACGCCUUGGAUGCGGAGGACCCGCUGGUUGACUCACUGCUGGAUCGCGUCCGGCGUUCUCGUUUAAUCAACGGUAAUUCGUCGAUACUACAAUGGCCGGAAUCAUUACAUGAACCACUAUCCGAAGCCGACGUAACCAACUCGAGUGACUCGGAUUCAUCGCCCUUAACUUGCGCCUUGGAGGAUAACAUCAUUCCCCCAUACUCGGCGGACACUCCUCAACAUCUGCUUCUCACCCGUUCGAGAAUCGCUUGCUGGCAUUCCCACCUCACAGCCAUCCGUCAAAUUGCCAUGAGUACUUCGCAGUACCCCUCCGUAAUUCUGGAAGAUGAUAUCGACAUGGAACGAGACAUACGAGACCGUCUGCACUCAAUUUGGCACUUGCUUCCCGAAGAUUGGGAUAUUGUGUUCCUCGGUGGGUUAUCCUUCUAUAUUACAAAGCGUAUAUCUAAGUUGUAUAAAGGACACUGCUGGUCGGAUGAGUCCCAUUAUCCGCCCUUAGAGCACCCUCGGUGGCAAGUAUUUCCUUCGCACUCGCCGCUCAAUCAAACACGCGUCCAUCCUUCCAACGCACCAAAAUGUACUCACGCUUACGCGUUAUCGAAGAAGGGGGCCCGGCGACUGUGGUCACACCUCUCGUAUUCUCCCUUCGCGUACUCUCGGGCUAUUGAUCAAGCGUUCGCGUGGUUAAUCGUCAGUGGAAGACUCCAGAGCUACUCUAUCGUUCCAAGUCUCGUGGUUCAGCGAAAGAUCGAGAGAAGUGAUAUCGUCACCGGAACGAAAGGCAGCCGCUGGAAAGACUCGCUAUAUAACGGCGUUUUCAACGACACAUCAUAG